AUUUACUUUCAAAAAUUCUUUUUAAAGAACAAAGAAGAUUAAAUAAUUCAAUAGAAUUAGAUCCUAAAAAAUUUUUAGAAUUAAUUACAAGAUCUAAUUUUUUACUUGAAGGAUUUUUUGAUGAAAUUUUUAAUGCUAUAAGUCCAAAAAAUAGAGAUUAUCAAACUAGAGAAAAUGAUAAAAAAAUUGCAGUUAGAUUUUGUUAUCUUCUUGCUAGAGCUCGAAAUAAAUUUACAAAUGAAUUAAAAAUAGAAAUUGGUCUUUAUUUAUUAGUAUCUGGAUGUAGUAGUUCUGCAAUUGAUACAUUAUCAAAUUUUGGAAUUUCAGCAUGUUAUAAAACAAUUGAUGACUAUAAAAAAAAAGUAGCAAAAGAACAUUUAACAAAAAUUUCUAGCUAUUUUACAUUUAAUGUAAGUAUUUUUUUUUUAUAA